UUUAAAAGGAACAAAUAAACAAACAUCGGAAUUACAUUAUUGCGAUAAUUUUUUUUCCUAUUUUUUUUUUCGUAAUGACUACUCAACAAGUCAAAGGAAAAGUUGCUAUUAUUACUGGUGCGUCCUCGGGAAUUGGUCACGCAAUUGCGACACGUUUAGUCAAUGAAGGAGGAAAAGUUGUUAUCGCUGAUGUUAAUGAAGACGCCGGCGAGAAAAUUGCCAAAGAAUUUAACGCAAAUAAGUCAGAAAUUAUUGCAAUUUUUCAUAAAACCGAUGUAAGCAAGUGGAAUGAACUAAUAAGCUUAUUUGAUAAAACUAAACAAACAUUUGGACAAAUUGAUAUCGUAAUUAAUAAUGCUGCUAUUACGGAUAUUGAAAACGGAAUGUUGCAAGAUUCACUAGAAGAACCAACACACUUUAGCAAACUUAUAGAAAUCAAUCUUAUGGGUGUAAUUUACGGAACGAAACUUGCAUUUCAAUAUUUAAAACAAAAUAAUCCACAAGGUGGUAUUAUAAUUAACACGGCUUCAAUCACUGCAAUACAUCCGGUGUUUACUUUUGGUGUUUACUGUGCCACUAAAUCUGGAGUCAUUAGUUUGACGAGAUCCAUGGCGCAAGUUAGUGAAUUACACAAUAUUACUAUUAAUGCUGUAUGUCCAAGUGUCACCAGAACUGGAAUGACAGCUGGUGCAAUUGGAAUUCCUGAUCAUUGGUGGUCAUCAAUUGAUGACGUUGUUGAAGCAUAUUUUAAAUGUAUUUAUAAUCCAAAGUUAAAUGGAGCUAUUUUUUCAGUUUGGAAUAAAGAAAUGAGAGAAGAAAAAUUCGAAAACCCCGCGCCAGUAAUUGAAGAAAUGAUACAAGGAAAUUAUAUGCUCUAUUUAUCAACAUUAGAAAAAGAAAAAUCAAACUAAAAUGUAAAGAAAAAAUAUUUCAUUAUGAAAUUUAUUUUAUUCCCUAUUUUUUUAAAAAAAAUAGAUGAGAAAGUACGCCAAAUU